UUAGUCUUGUAUGCAUAACAAAGUUGACAAAUAUAUAUAAUAUAUAGCCAACAAUGAUGCAGAAAGAAAUACAUGGCAGCACCCCAUUUCUUCAUCAUCUUCUUCAUAUAAAUCCCACAGAGAAAAUCAUCUUUUAGAACUUCCUCGUUUGUGAAAAAGAAAAAAAAAAACAUCUGGGAUUUCUUCACUGAAAAGAACUACUAUUAAAGAAAAAAAAUGCCUGGAUUAGCUAUGGAUGCAAGGAAUGGAGAAAGUGGAGUUGUGGAACUCAACAACGGAGUUUCCACUGCUUAUAAAGAUAGUUUUGUUGAAGAAAGAUCUCCAAGAAGUGCAUUAAGUCCAAAGAGUCAACACGGUUUGGCCAUUGAUGGGGAAAUGGAAGCUUCCAUUGAGCAGCUUUAUCAUAAUGUCUAUGAGAUGCAGAGCUCUGAACAAUCUCCAUCCAUGUCUAGUUAUGGAUCGUACAUUGAUGAAUCGAGGAUCGAUUCCGAAUUGCGCCAUCUUGUUAGGGAUUUUGGCGUUGUUGAAACGACAGAAGAGGUUGUUGCAGAGAAAAAUGAAACAGAAGGUGUUUGUGACUUGGCCUCUAAGAAACAACAAAGUGAGUCUAGUGAGAAAAUGAUGAAGAAGAAGAAGAAGAAGAAGGACCAAGCUCGAGGUGUUAAGCAUCGGUAUCGGUUGCAAUCAGAUACCGAAGCAUCGGCAAAAUCGAGUCCAAAGAGCAAAUCUUCUCAAGAGAAAAAUCCAUUUGAAAAGGAGAGGAAUGCAAGAAAAGUAGUAAAUGCAGCUUCUCCUUUGGGGAAACAAAGGAAUUCUCUAGUGGACGGAUCAGAAAAUCCGGACCUUGGACCAGUUUUGCUCAAGCAGACAAGGGAUAUGAUGUCUUCCGGUGAAAAUCCGAAGAAGGCCCUUGAAUUGGCUCUUCGAGCAACAAAAUCAUUCGAGAAAUGCACGGAUGGCAAACCAAGUCUAGACCUCGUAAUGUCUUUACAUGUUCUUGCAGCAUUAUACUCCAACUUAGGCCAAUACAAUGAAGCAAUUCCAGUUCUUGAGCGCUCGAUCGAGAUUCCAGUAAUUGAGGAUGGCCAAACUCAUGCACUUGCUAAAUUUGCUGGAUGCAUGCAGUUAGGUGAUACCUAUGCAAUGCAGGGCCAAAUCGAGAACUCAAUAUUGUGUUAUACAGCAGGUUUGGAGAUCCAAAGACAAGUUCUUGGAGAAACUGAUCCUCGAGUAGGCGAGACAUGUCGGUAUGUGGCUGAAGCACAUGUACAAGCACUGCAGUUUGAUGAGGCUGAGAAGCUUUGUCAAAUAGCUCUUGACAUCCACGGUGAGAAUGGUGCACCGGCUUCUAUCGAAGAAGCUGCUGAUAGAAAACUCAUGGGACUCAUUUGUGACUCAAAAGGAGACUACGAAUCAGCCCUCGAGCACUAUGUUUUAGCUAGCAUGGCCAUGGCAGCAAAUGGCAAUGAAGUGGAUGUUGCUUCAAUUGAUUGUAGUAUCGGAGAUGCAUAUUUAUCGUUGGCUCGGUACGAUGAGGCAAUUUUGGCUUAUCAAAAAGCACUCACAGUGUAUAAAUCUGCAAAAGGAGAGAAUCAUCCAAGAGUUGCUUCGGUUUACGUUCGGUUGGCUGAUUUGCACAAUAAGAUAGGAAAAGUAAGGGAUUCCCGAACUUAUUGCGAGGACGCACUCCGGAUUUACGGAAAGCCAAACCCUGGAAUCCCUUCUGAAGAGAUUGCCAGUGGCCUCAUUGACAUUGCUGCUAUAUAUCAAUCUAUGAAUGAUCUGGAUCAAGCACUCAAACUACUUAAGAAGGCUUUAACCAUUUUCGGCGAAGCCCCGGGUCAACAAAGUACAAUUGCAGGCAUUGAAGCACAGAUGGGAGUCAUGUAUUAUAUGAUGGGGAGCUAUACCGAUUCCUACAAUACCUUCAAAAGUUCCAUUUCCAAGUUCCGAGCUAGCGGAGAAAAGAAAUCUGCCUUGUUCGGUAUCGCUCUGAAUCAAAUGGGGCUUGCCUGCAUUCAACGAUACUCAAUAAACGAGGCAACCGAUCUGUUCGAAGAAGCAAGGAACAUAUUAGAGAAGGAAUAUGGUCCAUAUCACCCUGAUACAUUAGGGGUGUAUAGCAAUCUAGCUGGUACCUAUGACGCAAUGGGAAGGUUGAAUGAUGCCAUUGAAAUCCUGGAUUAUGUUGUUGACAUAAGAGAAGAGAAGCUCGGAACAGCGAAUCCAGAUGUUAUCGACGAGAAACGAAGGUUAGGGGAGUUAUUGAAGGAAGCAGGCCGGGUUCGGAGCCGAAAACCGAGAUCAUUAGUGACCCUUCACACCAGCACUCAGAUAAUCAAAGAUGACGGUAUCAAGGUAUCAUAAUGCUAUUUUAUGCAAAUAUAAUAUGUAAAGAAAAAUACAUUGUGGAAGAGCAUAUUUCAGACAAAAACCAUUUAUCAUAUAUAAAAACAAAAACAAAAAAAAAAACAGGGUAACAUUCAAGAGUUGUAUGAUUCAUCAUUGGUAAGAUUCCUUUGUAACAUUCUUCUUUGUAUGUUUAUCAAUAAAGAUAUGGGUGGCAUCUUCUUA